AUGAAUAUAAUCUCACAUAAAACAUAUAAUGAUGUAAAUAUUGAAGAAUAUGAAUAAAAUGGAUGGAAUUUCAUAUUUACUAAGGCUGGAAUGUAUAAUACAUCAGAUUUGGAUAUGUUAUAGGAUGCAUUGACUUUGCAAGGCAUCCCAGACAUCACCAAUGGUAAUAAUUGUGGAUUGAUCUACAAUAAGCAAUUUAACUUUGGGAUUUUGGUGGAUCCAAAAGAUGCCUUGUAUCUUUGUAAUUAUCAGGCUAGAGAGGCAAACUACAUUGACAUUAAGAAGGAAUUAAAAUCAAAUAAGCUCAACCAUAUUUCAGUGAUUCCAGAACAAGCUUAACUUAAGUAUGCAAAUGUCUGGAAUCAGAAAUAAAAUGCAGAUAUAAAAGUUUUAAAUAAAAUAUCUGAUACCUUUUAUUCAUCCCCUUAUAAGGGAACAAUAGUUGAUGGAGAUUAGAUGAAUUAUUAAUUUUAAAGAUUCAAAUAAAUUGCAGGAAUUUAAGGAAAAUCAAUAUUUGAAAAGUAAUUGAAUGAGAAUGUAAUUAAAAACGAAGUAGACUAUCUAAAUCAAGUGUUUAAUAUCAAAUCUAAGACAUUCCAUAGUGAAUAUACAGAAGAGGAGAUUCCAUUAAAUAAUUUAUCAUAAGCAAAUCCUAUAAAAUGGGCAUCUCAUAUAUCAUUAUAUGAAGAUGAAUUGGGAGACAAUGGAUUAUCCAAUUGUGAAUACAGAUUUCGGGUUAUGGGUGACUGCUUUUUUGGAUUGAUCCGUAGUUAUUUAAGAAUCGAUGAUGUUCUGAUUAGGAUAUUUGAUACAAGAAUCUAUCAUCAAUUCAAUUGGGAUUAUGUAUUGAGAGACUUCACACAUAGAGAAGAUUCCUGGACUAACAUUCAAAAGAAUGGAUUUAAUUUCACUCCUUAAUGGUCUACAGAUUAAAAUCAAUCGUUCAUGGUCCAAAACUCAGUUCCAAUUUAAUAACAUAUCAAUGAUAAAAUAUUUUUUAAAUCUGCAUGAUAAGUUAAAUAUGUAAUAAUAAUAUGUCAAAUUUAAUUAUC